UUUCCCAUGUUCUCUCCUAUGGAAUUUUUCUCUUUCUUCGUUCAUCAGAAAUCGACGGCGAGGAUCUCUCUGAUCAUCUUCUUCAUCCUUUGAUCAAGAAAAAAAGGAUUUAGAUGUGUGAUGCUUUCCAAUGAUGCAGAAUUCUAUGCCCUAUUUUGCACAGAACAGAAAUUUCCAGCUAUCUUUCUCUCUCUCAUUAAUUCAGUGAUUCACUUCUCUUAAACACUCCUACUACUAUUUAAUGUUACUACAGUAUUUUUCCUUUUCAUUAUCUCUGAAAUACUAGUACAAAAAUUCCUCUAUUUUAAAUUCCUUGAGAUUUGUUUACGUAAUCUCGGGAAUCUUUAACCAAUGCAUUACCCAUCCAGCUCAUUCAUAUAUGUUCUCCUAAACUUUUCUUUCCAUAUCAAUGUACAUAUUCAAAAAAAUACAAUCGUUGAUUGAUCUCUUUCCAUCCACUGUUGUAAACACUCUUCUCUUUGACUACCAAAAUCAACUUCUGGGCUGGAUUUUCAACAAUGGGUUGUAGGAAUUCGAAGCCAAAGGUAUGCCAAAAAUGCAAGACACACUAUUCUCCAGUGCACCGAAGCUACUCUACGUAUAAAAAUCUUCCUAUUGAUACUAACACUAAUGGUAGCUUUCGUCUGGUCUCUCUCACUUCCUCAACAUUAGGAUCUCUGAGGCUUGAUCCACUGAACAAUAGUAUCAAAGAUAAUCAUUCGUUGUUCGAAAAAGGUGGCAGCGAUGAAGGGAAGAUUUAUGAAGAAGAGUUCGAAAUGGGGUUGAUUGAGGCAAAGAUAUGGUCCCAAAUGAUCAAUGAGAAAAUCUCCAAAGUGGUUCCUAAGACGCCCAUUACAACUCCUCCUGGCGAGCCGGAGAGUGUCAAUGUUUGGGAAUUGAUGAAAGAUUUGGAAGAUAUUGAUCCUCUUAAAUCGCCUCAUCAUCUACGUAGCUUUUCUUUCCAUGUCUUUCCAGAUCCUUAUGAUCAUCGGCUUACUCCCAGACUGAAAUCGUCAAACUAUGAAGUAAAAGAGUAUAAAUUGGUGCAACAUGGUAAAGACAAACUGGUUGUUUACUUCACAAGCCUAAGAGGGGUAAGGAAAACAUACGAGGACUGUUGUCAUGUUCGGAUGAUUUUGAAGGGAUUAGGUGUUAAGAUUGACGAAAGAGAUGUAUCGAUGCAUGCAUGGUUCAAGGACGAGUUGAGAGAGUUAUUUGGAGAGGAAUAUAGUGGUAGGGGUUUGCCUAGGGUAUUUCUGGGGAGAAAAUACAUUGGUGGGGUUGAUGAAAUAUGCAGAAUGCAUGAAGAUGGGCAGCUUGAGAAGGUAGUAGAAAGCUGCGAAAAGGCAGAAGAUGGAGUUUGCGAGGCCUGUGGAGAUAUGAGGUUUGUGCCAUGUGAAACAUGCUAUGGGAGUUGUAAAGUAUAUUAUGAAGCAGAGUAUGAUGAAGAAGAUGAGUGUGGCUUCCAACGAUGCCCAGAUUGUAAUGAGAAUGGACUAAUACGAUGUCCAGUUUGUUGUGAUUAGAUUUCAUCAGUUUUAUGGUGCUCUCAAGUUCAGGUGCUUGCUGUGGAUUCUCACAUGACCAGCUUUGUAUUACAUAGAUAAAGAUGGGCGGCCAAGGUUAGCCUAAACUAAUAGGUACAAGCGAAUCUAACGCGGUUUUUACGGGUUCAACGGAACCCAUUGCUUUCCUCUCUAUGUAUACAUAUGCAAAAGAACUUAAAAUAUGUACAUAUAAUAAGAUCAUACGCAUUCUAAACC